GGCAUUGUCACUCGAUCACCGGAAGCAGUAUGGUACAGAGCGGGGACACUGCUAAAAUCGUCACCAGAUAUGGAAAGACUAAUUUAUAAAAUAUGAUUAAAAUUGCAACCCGUUAAAUGGACCUCGUCACAAUAACUGUAUCCGUUCAUAGAUUUCGUAAUUUCAUUUUAAUUGCUAUUGUUUGUUGAAAUUAUUUAUUGCGAAUUAACUGUGUUAAUUAUUUAAGAAUUGUUGAAAAAGAAAGCAGAUAUGACUCGUAAAUCAUUCUUGAAUUCUUUAUUUUCUAGAAGUAAAACAAAAACUGUCGCCAACUCUGAAAGAGUUUCCUUUCCUUUUGCUAACGACUCAGAAUCACAAGUACUUAAUAGCGAGAGAGAAACACAUCGAGAACAGUCAAUAAUGGAAGCGAAAUUGAAUCGAAAUGAUAAACCAAUUUCAUUAAACUACGCUGCCAUGGAUCAAAAACAGAUUAAAAAUGUGGGAGAAGCUUCAGGAGAGAUGUUUUUCGUACGCAAAGAGGAAACAGCAAAUGACAAUUUUCAGCAGGGACCAUUCGUUAAUAUUAAUGAAAUCCAUGUACAGAUAAAAGAAAAUUGUACGAAUCUUUCUGAUUCUGUACAGAAAUCUGAUUCAGCAUUUAUUGAAACAGAAAAUAACUGUAGAAAUCUGGAAGUAUGUAGUCAUUUUGACAGAUCAGAAGUAUUCGCUGAAGAGACUAAAUUGUUAAACGAAAGAGAUGAAACAUUUAGUUUAUUUCAGUCUAACGGUCAUCCGACAGAUUCUACUUCAAGAUCUUCUAUCUACAUUUACAAUCCAAGCAACAAGACGUGCUCUCUGGCAAAAUCUACAAAUGAAGUUGGUGUAAAUAAAAAAGAAUGUAAAAGAAAAGAAAAAUUUUAUGCAAAUGAAUUAAUAAAUACAAGAAUUACAGACGAUUUAUCGUCUUUUAAUGAAGCAUAGCAGAGAUAUGAAUCAUGAAAAAUUAAACUUGUUCAAUUUUUUUUAUAUGAACAGAAAAAUUCAUUUUAUCACAAAUUAAAGUUUUAUUUAUUAAUUUUGAAAAUGUUUGAAUACUUGUAACACGAUUAUAAUACAGUUUUAUAUUAAAUAUGGAUUCUCCAAAGCUUCCUUAACAUCCACAGUGAAAGAACUUUUUGAUUCAUCAAGUUCAUUGAUAAAAUUUUGAAUGUCACGCAAAUGGUCCGCAUAGAAUAUUG